CUUUUUUUGGCGUUUAAAUUUUCAAAAAGCACUAAAUCUAGUGCUUAAAGCACUAAGUUGCCAACUAUGCUAUGGUACGUCUGUUUGUGAUUCAGUAGUUCUCUUCAGUUAGUUUGUGUUUGAAUUGCAGGGUGAGUGUUAGUUUAGAUUGUGUAUAUUUUCUCUUUAAAUCAGUUGACAUUAACCGGUGGUGACUAUCCAGCUGAAAACGAUAACUAAAAGUAAAGUCACAUAUGAUUGUGUUUUAUAAAUAUUUAACUACCACUCGAUUGCAGUAACGAUGCGCAUGGCUGUCUAAUGAUUGUGGAAAUGACUGUGUAGAAAGGAUAUUUUGUAUUUCGUGUUGUGGCAAGUAACAAUUCAAUAUUCGCGAUAUCUGUUUUAUUUUUCCCUGACAACAGGAUUUCAAUUGCUUUAGUAGUACACCUUGUUACUCAAAUAUAAAAAGUCAAUUUAAUAUAUGAAAAUACCCAGUGAAAUUGUUUAAAAAAUCUAAGUUACUAAAUAUUUUCAAGUUCAAAGUCAAGGUCGGCUUGAUACAAUUAUUUUAAAAACACCACAAUGUUUGUAUACGUCAUAUUCUCAAAUUGAUUGCAGUGAAAAACUUCGGCAAUGUAUCAGUGCAUUAAGUUGUGAAAGUUGAAAUAAGAUAUAAAAAAAUCCUUAUAUGUGUAUGAACAUUCGUACAUACAUAUUCUUUGGCAAAACCCUUGAACGUUUUUUCUUUUGAAAUACUGAUUGUAUUGUAAGUUUAUCGUGCUUUUGUUUAUUGUGACAAUAUAGACUUAUAAAUACAUAAUUAUAACCCGAUGGCAGCAACCAUGCGCAUGGCUGUCGAAUAAUAGUGGAAAUGUCGGUGGAGAAAGGAUAUUGUUAAUUCUACGACUAUUUUAUUUUUCGCUGAUUGAAAUAAUUCUUUUGCUUUACACACUUUGUCACUCAACCCAUUCCAUUAAGAUUAAAUUUAAUCAGUGAAAAGGUCCAGUGAAGUUAUGAAAAAGAUUUAAGUCACUGAAUCCUUUGAAAUUCAUAGUCAAGGUCGACUUAAGUGAAAAUGAUUUUUGAAAAUUUACCUUGUGGAUUACAUAUGUCAAAUAUGAGUGUAGUAAAAACCUUUAAAAGUGUGUGAGGGCAUCAAAUCUAGCGAAGUAAAGAAUUUAUGCAAGAUUAGCAGAAAAAUUGAGUGAACGUUCCUUCUGAAAAAAAUAUUUGUGCUGUAAAUGUGAAGUGUUUCCUUUUUGAAUAAUUUCUGCUUUGCGAAAAAAAAGCGAGGAAAUAUAGUGUAGAACCAUUAAACUAAGGGAUUUAUACAUGAAUUGUUCAGAAAAUUAUCCGUACGAAACAAAUUAAAGGACUUGCGCUAAUAAAAGUUCACAUAGAAUGUGAAUAACUACGCCUAGAGCAAGGGAGCAUGAAUUUAGCUAUCGGACGUGAAUUUAACAAUUGAAUUAUAUAGCACAAUGAAUGGGACGGAGUGUGAAAAUAUGGCAGCCUCAUUGAGAUGGUCAGAUCCAGCGAAUAUAAUUUCGUUAGCUAUACUUCUAUUUAUCAUACUCUUAGUAAUUUCCGGAAAUUCUUUAGUUAUAGCAGCUGUAUUCUGUUCAAACAAAUUACGGAGCGUUACGAAUUACUUAAUCGUUAAUUUAGCCGUUGCAGAUUUGUUGGUAGGGUUAACUGUUCUUCCGUUCUCGGCAAUAUGGGAGGUCUUUAAGGUAUGGAUAUUUGGUGAUGUCUGGUGUCGUAUGUGGCUUGCUGUAGAUGUAUGGAUGUGCACUGCAUCCAUUUUGAACUUAUGCGCAAUAUCUUUGGAUAGAUAUGUAGCCGUUACCCGUCCAGUUGCCUACCCGAGUAUAAUGUCAACAAAACGGGCUAAAUCAUUGAUUGCCGGAGUGUGGGUGCUUUCAUUUGUUAUAUGUUUUCCCCCGCUUGUUGGCUGGAAGGAACAAAAGUCGAUAAUACAGUCAGUGUACACACGAGAAAAUUACACCCGUUUCUAUACCACAACUGUUGUAUCUGUUCAGCGUAGUGUGCAACUAAAGCAAAUGCAGCAGUCACGAUUUCCAUACAAUCGGACACAUAUGUCAAUAGAUGCAACGCCUGACAUAUUAAUGUCAGUUACAGAGGGUUUUAAUUACCAAGAUCCAGCUCAAAUAUCUUUAGAGAGUGGAGAAUAUGUUGAGAGUUCAAAAUUCUUCUAUGAAGAGUCAUUUUGUUCCUCAAAGUGUGAAUUGACAAAUGAUCGAGGUUAUGUAUUAUACUCAGCAUUAGGAUCUUUCUACAUUCCGAUGCUUGUGAUGCUCUUUUUUUAUUGGCGCAUAUAUAAAGCAGCAGUGAGAACUACACGAGCAAUAAAACAGGGCUUCAAGACCACCAAAGGUUCGAAAAGUAUUGGUUCACGUUUCGAAGAAAAACGCUUAACGUUACGAAUUCAUCGUGGACGCGGCUCAAACCAGCACGACUCAACCUAUAGUAGUGGCAGCACCCAAAGCACCACCACUACCUUGGGCACUCCAUCACCAGAGCGUCUUUCAAAAUAUACCACCCGCCGGUCUAAUAACUUCGACAAAAUUAAGAUAUCCGUUUCAUAUGCUUCCACUGAAACUAUUAAUGAAUUUCGCGGUGGUGAGUCGACUGGCUCUGGUGAACACCGUUCUUUCAACAAUGGCAGCACCCUUUAUGCGGUGCACUACAAUUCAGUUAGCGGCGGCGAGACGAUCGAGUCAGAACUCUUUCCCCAACCGCAAAACAAAAUUUGUUAUUUACAAGUAGACAAUGAGCGCCGCCAAUCAAAUACCGGCGAUAUAACCCACCAGCAUGGAACGUCAUUUAUGCAGCAACAUCAAUCAUAUCGAAGCAAAAAAAUCGGACGGAGAAAUCUCAAAACACAAGUUAAACGUUUUCGGACGGAAACUAAAGCCACAAAAACUCUUGCCAUCAUUGUUGGUCUCUUCAUUUUCUGCUGGCUCCCAUUUUUUACAAUUUAUAUUAUCCGAGCCUUUUGUCAAGAUUGCAUAGAUCCUAUAAUCUUUUCUAUACUUUUUUGGCUUGGUUACUGUAACUCCGCGAUCAAUCCAAUGAUAUAUGCACUUUUUUCUAAAGAUUUUCGUUCUGCUUUUAAGGUUAUUAUUUGUUAUUGUUCUUUUUCCCAAGAAAGCGUUUCAUUAAAAAGUUCUCGCCGAGGCAGUGAUAUUUCGGCAGGACGUUUUCAUGACCGAACACCCAGCAUAUCUCAGAGUGCACUACAAUUCCAUUCACUGGGUGGAGAAAGUGAAAUACAUUGUUCAGAACUAAGUAGCGUUCAUAGGUGACAAUCUUUUCGGUCCAACUCCUAAUUUUCAAACCAAUAUUCAGGUUUUUUCAGGUUCAAUAAAGCAGUUUUGUCUGCUUCUCUGCAUAUGGUUUGUACGCGGAAUUAAAUUUAUAUUACAUCUAUUUUUAACUGGAUUAUUAUACGAACUCAGUUGAAGCUUUUACUUGGCGAGCAGUGAUUAUAGAUGUUAUAUAAUUCGAUUGAUUCCAUUUAUAUGCGAACAUAUAUGUACAAAUAUGUUUGCAUAUGCAUAUGUAUGAAAAAAUAUAUGCAGAUGUCAAUGCACAGAAAUUUCACACUUUCUACAAUUUCAGCGUAUUUAAAAAUAAAUCCGAUGGCGAAUUCAAAUGACAAUGAUGCUUGUCAAAAAGUCAGCGAAAAUAUAUUUAAAAACAGAAGUAAAAUUUUUCAAUCUUUGCAAAAUUUUCAAUUCAAAUCAAAGUAAAGUAAAAUGUUGACCUUCUUUUAUAAAAACACACUGUGAGAAACAACUGACAAACAAAUUGGUUGGCAUAAAAUAAAGCAUAUUUUAAAAUAAAACCGAUUUUAUUAAUAAUGUAAAAUGCAUUCCCGCAAAACUAAUUAUGUAUUAAGUGAACAGCAGCGCCAUUACCAAGGGGAAGUGGAAAGUUGGAGCUUAAAAUACCGUUUUAAUUACUUCAGUGCUCCGAACUGUACAUAAGAGUUGCGAAUUUGUCUUUUUGAAAAUCUGAACGAGAUUCCAUGAGUUAGAUUAAAAUUAACUCGUAUUUAGAGAUUUUGUAUUUACUACCAAUACAGUUCUUUUGAGUAGUUUGCAAAAACGGGAAUUGGAAAAUGUGAAAAGACGAAAAGACGAUCCGAAUAUGCCAUUGUAAAAUGAUAUAAAAGUAGUAUAAUAUGUAGUAUUUAUUGAGCAACAUAUUUGAUAUUGGUAUAGUAAUGAUAGUUUUAUAUAGAGAGGGAUAGAGUUCCAUUACGAAGUCCAUGAGGAGCAGUCAUUCUUUAAAAUAACAGCGUUUGACGCGAACGAUAUCUCUUCCAGUGGCUCAUACAGGGUUGUAAAUUUUUUAAUACAAUAAUUUAAAUAUAUAUAUGUGUAUCCCGAUGUUGGGAUUAAAAUUUGAUUUUCAUUUCUUAUCGGGAUUAAAAAUUAAAAAUCUUAAAUAGAUUACAGUCCCUUUAAUCGAGUGCCAGUAGAAACUUUGUACAUUUUCGAUCUACCAUUUUACACAUUACUAUUGCAGUUUUUCACCCAGAUAGAUCGUUUCACCUCGUUUUGAUUUUCCUUGCCAUGCUCCUGUUCAGAUCGCCGUAUAGACAAUGCUUGAGUUUCUCAGUGUUUAUCACGUUUUCAUUGCCAACGAUCACAUGUGACCUAGCACCCAGUGGAAGUGAAGUCGCUUGGUUCUGGCGACACUCUCUACUGCUGCCCUGACACUUUUGGCCGAUAUGCCAAACGAGUUUAAAGCUUUGAUUGUUGGUUGGCUGUCCACGUAGGUUAGAUGCUAGCUCCUCUGCUUGAAAUAUACUGUCCCGCAGUUUAAAAGGCUGCCUUAAGUCUAACUCUGUACAGUAUAUACCCGCACCAAUUCCGCCCUUUAUUUUAGAGGCUAACGUGCCUUUACGCCAACUAUCUUUUUCUAUGUUUAUUCUGAAUCUUCUUUCUCGAUUGAAAAGUGCCAAUAUUAUAUUGAUAUUUUGCAAUGAAUAUAUCUUAAAAAUAUGUGAAACUUUGGGAUAAUUAUUUUUGUUCUUUUUAACUAUUUAUUUAUUUAUCUUUUCUUUAAGCAUUUAAUAGAAAUUCUCAUAAAAAGCUAUAAUUUAAAUACGGCAUAUAGUAUAGAACCUGGCUUUUCUCCCACUACAACAUUUUCAUCAAGGUUAAAUAAAUACACAAUAUUUCAAGUUCUGCUAGAAUUAAAUAAUGAUUUUAAAUAAUUCGAAAUGAUAUUAUAUGGAAACGUAAAUAAUAUUAAUGAAUUAAAAAUAUUCUUUCAAUAGUCCCCAGAAAUCAUAUCAAUCAAAUUAUUAUAAAUAAUUUCACGACGAAAGUACAAAUUAAUUCAACUCUACUAAACUUAACUAUUUAAAUUCUAAUUUCAUCAUCGUGAUUGUUUUCCUUAAUUUAUAUUUCAUUUUACGGUCAAAAUCAUUAUCAUUCAUUACGGUAUAAAAUUUGAACAAAGCUGUUAAAUAUGGUACUUUCAACAGUACUUCCAAAAAAGUUAACUCAGGGUUAUUAUGUGCGUGCCUUCUGUAGCUUUCCGCAAAUAACAAGCACUAUAAUACACACCAGCCUUCCGCAAUGGGAGUGUUGACUAUGAUCUAUGACAAAAGUCGAUGGUCGCAGACAGAAGUUCUUACAGAAGUACAUAAAAGAGGUGCAACAACAUGCGCGAUGGCUUUAACAAAAGCGGUUAACUUGGUAAGUGGUGUUAUUGAGACAAUAAGGUGAAUUCUACUCUAAGCUGAAUUUUAUGGUCGAACAUAUCGCACUAACCGUUUGUUAAUGAGUGCAAUAGGAAACGUACAGUGUAUAUUGCAGAAGGUCUUUUAAAAAAGAUGAAAGCAAAUUUAUUCGCUUUAGUAAUUUAAUCACUACCAAAACGGUGUUGAAACCAAAGAAUCUGCGUGACACUGUGGUCGUACACAAUGCUUUUUAUUAAAAGAGGAAGAGAACGAAACAUUUUUCGCUUUCUAACACUAUUCAUAACAGAAAGUUUUUUCGUUAACAAAAAUAUAUCAAUUUCACGUUAGUAUUUGAUUAUGCUUAUGUCGAAAUCAAUGAGUAUGUGCGAGUAUAACUAUAUGCAUAUAAUAAUAUUAGUACAUAUGUUUGAGUAGGAAAACUGCAUUUCGAGCGAAAAUGUAUUUAAUAAUUAUAACAACCCUACAUAUGUAUGUUUCCCAUGUAUUAAAUCAAGUCAUUUUCCACUAAUUUAACAUUUCUGCAAAUAAAACAUAAAAUACGUUGGUCAAAACAAAGAAAGAAACGAAGAAAGAUAAUUUGACGUAAGCAAGUUCACAAGAAGAAACACAGCUACUUCUGUCGCCACAAUAUGAUAUUAUGGAAUCAUGGGUUUCUAAAAUACUUUAUAUACGAAUUGUAUUUUUCUUACACAAGAUACUUUCGCUUUUAGAGAUUUCAAAUUUAAAAAAAUAAUCAAAUAAUAAAUAUACAAAACAUAUGAACGUAUAUUUGUAUACUUAUGGAUUGCUUCAAAAUUUUAUUUGUAAUUGUUCAACUUACUGUAAUAUCUAAAGUAAGUGUUUGCGAGGGAAUGUCAAAUCGCUGCAAUUUACUGAAAACAUCGGAAAUGAAACGUAUUUGCAUUGGCGCCUAUCCUGCAGAAGUAUUAUACAAAUACCACGAUGGAGUAAUGGAAAUAGGAACAAUAUAUGCGAUAUUUCAACUCAUCGAUAACAGUGACAACGGUUAUUUAAUUUCUCAUUAUUUUAGUCCGCUGAUCAAGUGUGUUAAAGCUAAGUUAAUCACACCAGUACAAUACAACUGCACAACUAAAAAUGAUAAAACAGAAUUAGUUACAGUUGAUAAAGGUUUUAUACUUUGUUUCAAUCAAAAUAUGCAAAUGUUAGAUGACCUACUGAAAUUGUGUACUGGGAAAAAAAUGAAUCCGUCAGAAUUUGUAGCUUUACAGUAUAGCAUAGAUCACCUACCAAUGGUUGGAAGUAACACAGAUGCUGUUAUGUUUAGAAUGCAAUUUUAUUUCGUAGUAUCAACAAUACUGUUUAUAGUAGAAAAAGCGAAAAUUGUUUUACUAAUAUCUAAUAUUUGACUAACAGAUAAACUUUUAACGGACAAGUGUACAUAAAUAUAAACUCGAUAUAUACAUUAAAUUGGUUGCUGAUUUUAUUUAUAAUUUAUAUAAGAUACGACUGUAAGCAGUGACAGAAUAACAAGGAGUAAAGAACAAAAAAUAAAAAAUAAAAAUAAAACGAA